UUCGUCACCAGAAAAUUUACCAUAAAAAUGACCGCAAUCGACAAAAUACAAGCUCUUGACCAUAUUGAAAGAGAGCUUAUUCUGUGCCUACAAAGUGCUGGGGCCGCAUUGAUGGAGUUAAGCAAAGAAAAAACCAGCCAGAAAGCAACAGAAACGAACGUUAAUCAAUUCUUGAAAUCUCUUAAUAAUGUAGAAACAAAGCUUUCUGAACAGAUCAAUUAUCUUACUCAAGUAUCUACGGGACAACCACAUGAAGGCUCUGGUUAUGCCUCUGCAAAAGUGCUUCAAAUGGCAUGGCAUCGCAUUCAGCACGUCAAGUCACGGAUCAAGGAGCUGGAAGAGUGUAAGAUGCGUUACAUACAAGCUAAUCGUAUACAGGGCAAUCGUGUUGGACCAAACCAAAAUGCAACCAGUACUGCUAGCGUUCUGCUAUGAAGGAUAAAAACCAAAUUUAUAGUACUAAAUCAUUUUUAAAAUUACACAAUUCGUAUUUAUUCCCUGAAGUCAUUUUUGCA